GUAGGCUGUGCGCGCGGUCGCAGACGCGGCGGUAUUGAACGGUUGUAGUCACUGCUUGCUGCGGGUCCAACUCCUGGAUUUCGGACUUGUUUGCUGCAUUAGCUCUCAUCCGGUGAGGCCUACGCCGCCUACUUCUUAUACCUUUUCACCUCCUGUAGCCGUGUCGUCGCGACUCCGCCACUAUGUUCGAGGCACGCCUGGUCCAGGGCUCCAUCCUGAAAAAAGUGCUGGAAGCACUUAAAGAUCUCAUCAACGAGGCCUGCUGGGACAUCAGCUCUAGCGGCGUGAACCUGCAGAGCAUGGACUCGUCUCACGUCUCCUUGGUGCAGCUCACCCUACGCUCAGAGGGCUUCGACACGUACCGCUGCGACCGAAACCUGGCCAUGGGCGUGAACCUCACCAGCAUGUCCAAAAUUCUGAAAUGUGCUGGUAAUGAAGACAUAAUUACACUAAGGGCUGAAGAUAAUGCUGACACCUUGGCACUAGUAUUUGAGGCUCCAAAUCAAGAAAAAGUUUCAGACUAUGAAAUGAAAUUAAUGGAUUUAGAUGUUGAACAGCUUGGAAUUCCAGAACAAGAAUACAGUUGUGUAGUAAAGAUGCCUUCUGGUGAAUUUGCACGUAUAUGCCGAGAUCUCAGUCAUAUUGGAGAUGCUGUUGUAAUUUCCUGUGCAAAAGAUGGAGUGAAAUUUUCUGCAAGUGGAGAACUUGGGAAUGGAAACAUUAAGCUGUCACAAACAAGCAAUGUUGAUAAAGAAGAGGAAGCUGUUAACAUAGAGAUGAAUGAACCAGUUCAGCUAACUUUUGCACUGAGGUAUUUGAACUUCUUCACAAAAGCGACUCCUCUCUCUUCUACGGUAACACUCAGUAUGUCUGCAGAUGUACCUCUUGUUGUAGAGUAUAAAAUUGCCGAUAUGGGGCAUUUAAAGUACUAUUUGGCUCCCAAGAUUGAAGAUGAAGAAAAAUCAUAGGCGUUCUUAAAAGCAAAAAAAGAAAAAUCUUUUUUUUAAAAUCAACCUAUAUGAGAACGGCUUCUGGGAUACCAACAUUUUAAGUCUUUUCUGUCACCAAACUUGUACUUCUGCGUACAUAUGUAGAUAAUGUUUUGUGUAAAUAAUCUAUUUUCCCCUCCAUUCUAUACAAUUUGGUUAAAAGAAUAAAGUUCUAAGUAACGUCUUGUUAGUCUAGAAAUAUGUCUGCCUUACCUGAAAUACUGAGUAUACUUUUUUGUAACAGGUUUUUUACUCUAGUUUUUAAGACCUGUUUUCAAUUUAAAUAAAACUUAUUUGAACUUCAAA